UUUACGUUCCAGUGAACUAUCUCCAAGCAAAAAGAAAAUCGGCUUUUAAACAUAUCUUCAACACGGAGUAAAAAUACAAAUAUAUUUUUUUUAGAUAGUAAUCAAUCGUAUAAAGAUUAACGCAUAUCAAUUGCGAUGGGCACUUUGGGAAACCAAUUCAUUCUGUCGCGGGAACGUCGUCGCUUUGGAAGGCAGUGUUUGUUUACGGAUCGAAAUGAGAUGAUUUUAAGUGUGCAGCCCAGUGGGCGGCUGCGAUUAAAGUAUAUUCUGCGCAAUCCGAUCACCGAACGCACACAGCUAAGCGAGCAGUAUGCAGUGUCCUCGGUUUUGACCCACAAUGUAACCCUUGAUUCGCACGGGAUGAAUCACUUCGAGGGUGGCUGGAAUGUCAAGGAGGUGAACGUUAUGGACGAGGAGUCCACACUGCGCUACCGCAAAAAAGUCGAGCGUGAUGAUAGUUGGGGACUCGAAGUAAACAAACUAAUGCACGAUGUGAUGCAGAUAAGUUCGGCCAACAAUGCGAUCAAUAUCUAUCAGGACUUCUUUGUCGACUUGCCGGAGGAUCUGGGUCGGGGAAUAAACAUGAAAAUUGCGGCUAGAGGUACACACAUCUUCCAUGAUCUAUGGAUUCCACCGAGAAAGCUGAAGACGUGCGAAUGGUCGAACAAUGAACCCAACCAGUUCCUUCUGACCUUCUCCAAUCCAGAAAGCUUAUCUCCUGAUUACUCAAAACCACUGAACACUUUGCCGGACUUCGGCAACGAUAAUCCCAACGCCUUUUACAUUUGGGACUUGGACGACGCCACUCGUCCACUAGCCCACUACGAUACCAAAAAUGUCCUGCUGAUCGCCAAAUUGUGCAUGCGGGAUGAGAACUACAUGGUGGGUGGGUAUAAUGAGGGUCAGGUAAGCUUUUGGCUUACCGAAAAUAUGGGCGGAUCCAAAGUUAUGUGCCCCCUAGAGGCGUGCCACCGUGAAGCCACAUCGGCCCUCUGCUGGGUACAUUCCAAGCUCAAUACUGAGUUCUAUUCUGGCUCGCUAGACGGGUCCAUCAAGUACUGGGAUACUCGGGAUCUUCUCAUGCCAGUUAAUGAGGUUCUGGCUGAGCCGGAUCCAGGACCAGUUCAAAAUCGGCAAAACGCACAUGGCGUUACCUUUCUUGAAUUUGAGUAUACUAUUCCAGUUCGCUAUAUAAUUGGCUCUGACAUGGGAUGUGUGUUUGUUGGAAACCGCAAAGGCCUUACAGCGCAGGAAACUCUCGUUGGUGUAUACCAACUUUUUGCUGGUCCUAUCCGUACCAUUAUGCGUAAUCCAUUCUUCGUCAAGAACUUUCUCGUGGUAGGCGAUUGGAGGGUGCGCAUCUGGUCAGAGGAGGUGAAAAACUGCCCCAGCACCUUUUAUAUUCGCAGACCAAAUCAAGUAUUAAGUGGUGCCUGGAGCACGGGACGCUGCUCGCUGUUUUGUAUUGGUGACGACAAAGGCAACCUGGAGUUUUGGGAUCUGAUCAUGUCCCACACACGACCAAUUCUUACUAUAAAGUUCAAACACGCCAUUAACCAUAUCGUGUUUAAGCCAGAUGGGUCGUUGGUGUCCUUGUGCAUGACCAACGGCGAUUGUGUGAUGCUCCGGUUGGAGGAAGGCAUGAGAAGUGCAACGGUUAAGGAAAAGUCCCUCAUGAUGUCGAUGUUCGAGCGGGAAAUAUCGCGCUGCAAGCUUUUGGAGGCUCGCGAAGAGGAGAUCAAGCUAAAGAAGCGCCUGACCACCAUUUUUCUGGAGGAGGAACGAAAAUCCAGGGAAAAGUUAGAGGCUAAAAAGAAGAAGGGUCAGGCCAAGAAGGAGCAGGAACCCAAGGAGGAGGACGAGGCUACUCUUUUCCUCAGAAUGAUCGAGAGCGAUGUAGAAUUCAGCAAGGCUAUUUUAGAGUUCAACGAAACUAUCGAAGCCAUUGCCCUUAAGCGAUCCAAGCGUGUUUACGCUAUGGAACGCACUGUAUUCGAAACUAAUCAACCGAAUUAGAACUAUCCGUUCAGAAAGGGGGCUUUUUUGUAUUAUUUAUUGUAUCUUAGCUAGCAUUUUCGUAUUUCAUUAUGUAGCUAGGUAUGGACAUUAAUAAAUGCAAUGUGAUCAAAAAAUCGGAUAAACUUAA